UUUAUCUCACCAUUUAUUUAUCUCACCAUUUUCUGAACAAUUGACAACACCUCCCUUCCGGUCUCCUUAUAUAGUGGCUUUAGCUCUGCCCUUCUUCCUCCCAAUCCCUACUCUCUUUCUCUCUCUCUCUCUGAGGGGUUACUCUGUUCUGGGUGGGUUUAUCAGAAUAUUUGGCUGAUAAAUUAUACCGACAUUGGCAUUUUACUAAUACAUACAGCCUCUGAUACAGAACAGAUCCGUGUUUUUUCUUUUUUAGCCUUGUUUAAUUUACUGAAAAUUUUGAUUGAAAGCCUUGAUUGGGUUUUGUGUACAUUUAUUUGAUGGAGAAGUUUGCGAGACUCUGUUUUAUGGGUCCUCUGUUUCUGUUUCUUGGACUUGUUCCAUUGGCUUUUGGUGGGCAUGACUACGGCCAAGCUCUCACCAAGAGCAUUCUCUUCUUUGAAGCUCAGAGAUCUGGUUACCUUCCCAGUAGCCAGAGAGUCCACUGGAGAGGUCAUUCCGGUCUCAAUGACGGCAAGGCUAGUGGGGUGGAUCUGGUAGGAGGGUACUAUGAUGCAGGGGACAAUGUGAAGUUUGGGCUACCCAUGGCAUUCACCAUUACAAUGAUGUCAUGGAGCAUAGUUGAGUAUGGGAAGCAAAUGGCUGCAAGUGGUGAGCUUAGUCAUGCCAUGGAUGCUAUUAAGUGGGGCACUGACUACCUCAUUAAAGCUCACCCCCAUCCCUAUGUCCUCUAUGGAGAGGUAGGAGAUGGGAACACAGACCACUACUGCUGGCAAAGGCCGGAGGAUAUGACCACCUCACGCCGGGCUUACAAGAUCGACCCCAGCAAUCCCGGAUCAGACCUCGCCGGCGAGACCGCCGCCGCCAUGGCCGCCGCUUCCCUCGUCUUCCGCCACUACAAUCCUUCCUAUGCCAAUGAGCUCCUCACUCAUGCCCACCAGCUGUUCGAGUUUGCAGACAAAUACAGGGGCAAAUAUGACAGCAGCAUUUCAGUGGCCCAGAAGUACUACCGUUCUGUCAGUGGAUACGCCGAUGAGUUGCUUUGGGCUGCUGCGUGGUUAUACAAAGCAACUAACAAUGAGUACUACUUGAGCUAUCUUGGAAAUAAUGGUAAUGCCCUUGGUGGGACUGGUUGGGGCAUGACUGAGUUUGGAUGGGAUGUCAAGUAUGCCGGUGUUCAGACCCUUGUUGCCAAGUUCCUAAUGCAAGGGAAGGCCGGCCACAAUGCGCCAGUUUUUGAGCAGUACCAGCAGAAGGCAGAGUAUUUCAUGUGUUCAUGCAUUGGAAAGGGCACUCGCAACGUUCAGAAGACUCCAGGAGGCCUCAUUUUCCGCCAGAGAUGGAACAACUUGCAAUUCGUGACUAGUGCCUCUUUCUUACUCACUGUCUACUCCGACUAUCUGACCUCUGCUGGUAAAAGCCUGCAUUGCGCUUCUGGCCGUGUUGCACCAUCCGAGCUUUUGUCAUUCGCCAAAUCCCAGGUGGACUAUAUCCUUGGAGAUAAUCCGAGAGCCACCAGUUACAUGGUGGGGUAUGGAAGCAACUACCCACGACAAGUUCACCACCGUGCUUCCUCAAUUGUCUCUAUUAAGGUUAACCCUUCAUUUGUUAGUUGCCGAGGAGGUUAUGCCACCUGGUUUAGCAGGAAGGCGAGUGACCCCAAUCUCCUUACUGGUGCUAUUGUUGGUGGACCUGAUGCAUACGAUAACUUUGCCGAUGAAAGAGACAACUAUGAGCAAACAGAGCCUGCUACCUAUAACAAUGCACCUCUCCUUGGCAUAUUGGCAAGACUAAAUGGUGGUCACAGUGGUUAUAACCAGCUCCUUCCAGUAAUUGUUCCAGCUCCUAAACCAGUUGUCACCCAACCCAAUCCUUCUCCAAAAACCAAAACCACGCCAUCUCCAGCUUCAUCUUCUUCUCCAGUUGCCAUCGAGCAGAAGAUGACAAUUUCAUGGAAUGACAAGGGUAAAACAUACUACAGAUACUCCACAGUUGUUACCAACAAGUCUGGUAAAACGCUGAAGGGUCUCAAGCUUUCAAUAUCAAAGCUCUAUGGUCCAUUAUGGGGUCUCACGAAGUCUGGGGAAUCAUAUGGUUUGCCAGCAUGGGUCGACACGUUACCUGCUGGAAAAAGCAUUGAAUUUGUUUACAUCCAUUCUGCUUCUCCAGCAGAUGUUUCUGUCUCAAGCUACACUUUGGCCUAAAACAGUAAGAGAGCAAGUUACUUAAAGGAGGUUCACACGGUUUCGUGGGGUUGAAAUGUAAGAAUUGUGCAGCUAUACAAGAUGCAGUCCAGCAAGGUCUUUCUUUUUCUUUCUUUUUUUUUUUUGUUGUAAUUUUCAAUUACUUGUUGAUUUGGAAUGAGAGUAGGGCUUUAGAUGGACUUUGGAUUAAAUAAGGUCGAAGAUUAGAGGAAGAAAGGAGUGAAGAGACAAUUAUAAAAAGGAGUGCUCAUCCUCUUUCUCCUCAAGCUUCAUUAGUUGCAUAGAUAGGUUUGAGAGAGACAGCGAAAGAGUAAGGGCUUGGGAAGUGACCAAGCACUUCUCAACAAAAUUCAAGGAGCCUUUUGUUCUUUGUACUUCAAAACAGCUUUGGGUGUGUUUGUUUUUUUCCUUUUGAUUUGUGUUUUUUAUGUAGUGAUGUUGUAGGCUUUGCAACAGUUCACAUUUGCAAUAUGAAUAUAGUUUGUGCAAUGACAUUAUUUGUCCUGGAA